GCGGCGGUGAAAGCGGGGUUGGGGGCAGCGAGAAAGUACUCGAGGCUCGGGGUGGCGCGGAGCGGCGGGCCCGGGAGGAGGCGGGCGCGCGGUCGGAGGGAGCCGAGGAGGGAGCGCGCCGGGCCGGGAGCCGGAGGCCGCGGGCGGCAGGGGGCAGGUGGGGGAGCGCGGGAGAGAGAGAGCGGAGCGAGCCGAGGCCAAGUGCAUUGUGUCUGGCGGCGGCGUGCGGGCCCACUGGCGGCGGGGCGAGCAGCCAUGGAGCCGCGGGCGCUCGUCACGGCGCUCAGCCUCGGCCUCAGCCUCUGCUCCCUGGGGCUGCUGGUCACGGCCAUCUUCACCGACCACUGGUACGAGACCGACCCCCGGCGCCACAAGGAGAGCUGCGAGCGCAGCCGCGCGGGCGCCGACCCCCCGGACCAGAAGAACCGCCUGAUGCCGCUGUCGCACCUGCCGCUGCGGGACUCGCCCCCACUGGGGCGCCGGCUGCUCCCGGGCGGCCCAGGGCGCGCCGACCCCGAGUCUUGGCGCUCGCUGUUGGGGCUCGGCGGGCUGGACGCCGAGUGCGGCCGGCCACUCUUUGCCACCUACUCGGGCCUCUGGAGGAAGUGCUACUUCCUGGGCAUCGACCGGGACAUCGACACCCUCAUCCUGAAAGGUAUUGCACAGCGAUGUACAGCCAUCAAGUACCACUUUUCUCAGCCAAUCCGCUUACGAAACAUCCCUUUCAAUUUGACCAAGACAAUCCAGCAAGAUGAAUGGCACCUGCUUCAUUUAAGAAGAAUCACUGCUGGCUUCCUGGGCAUGGCUGUGGCUGUCCUGCUUUGUGGCUGCAUCGUGGCCACGGUCAGCUUCUUCUGGGAGGAAAGCCUGACCCAGCAUGUGGCUGGACUCCUUUUCCUCAUGACAGGAAUAUUUUGCACCAUUUCCCUCUGCACUUACGCUGCCAGCAUCUCCUAUGAUUUGAACCGGCUCCCGAAGCUAAUUUAUAGCCUGCCUGAUGAUGUGGAACACGGCUACAGCUGGUCUAUCUUUUGUGCCUGGUGCAGUUUAGGCUUUAUUGUGGCAGCUGGAGGUCUCUGCAUUGCUUACCCAUUUAUCAGCCGGACCAAGAUUGCACAUCUAAAGUCUGGCAGGGACUCCACGGUAUGACUGUCCACACUCCAGUUCACUGCUUGGUGGCCCCGUCCACAGUGCGGAAGACUCUUGAAGGGGACGGAGCAGAGUUUGAGUCAGGAUCCCAAGCACAAAUACCGUCUUUUACAUUCCAGUCUGUUGCCUGCCAGCCCCUUGUGGAUGACUGAUAUCUAAUCAUGCAAAACCUCCAUACUCUUCUAAGGACAAGACUACUGUGGAUUCAAGUGCUUUAAUGACUAUUUUGCUUUGACUAUGAGGAGUAGGGAAUAGUGCCAUGGAACAUUUCUCGGUUUAGAAAGAGAGGAAACUGCAAUGGAAAAAUUUGUACGAUUGCCACUUAUUUCAGAAAGUUUGUAUAUAACAAUUACCCGAGAGUCAUUUCUAUUUGCAAAAGGAUUCAUAACAAAGCGAGUAUAAUUUUCUUGUUGUUGUACCAUGCUUGUUAAAUUUUCAUGCUGCACCUUCAGAACUUGUCCUAAUGGUGUCUUGUUGCGUCAGCUCCAAAUAUUUGUGCAUUAUUUGUUGAUGUUUUUUGUUACAGGAAGAUUCUUCUGUUGCCUUAUUUAUUUUUAAUUGAAGUCUCUUCUCCUUCUUCGUACUGGAAUCAAAAUCAUAAGAGAAACAGACCAACUGUGGAAGAGUUACCCUGUAAUACUAUGCAGUAUUGUUUGAAGUCCUAUCUGUUGUUCAACCUGUCUCUUUAUGUUAACCGGAUCUCGGCAUUAAAUGACUGACUCCUUGUUAA